CUCACGUGACCGCGCCUGGGGAGAGAACGCCUGACCCCAGCCCCCGGCUUUCACCGUUCGCCGACUCUCUCCGCGGCUCCUCGGCCUCUCGCCCUUCAGCCGCCUGCGCGUCCCCACACCCCGUCCCGGGGUCCCCCCGGAGCCCUGUCCGCCAUGCGGCUCCUGCCUCUGGGCGCAGGUGGGCCCGGGCGGCACAGCCCCCGCCACCUGCGCUCCUGCAGCCCAGCGCUGCUGUUCCUGCUCCUGCUGCCGGGCUGCUGCCUGGGGGGCUCCCGGGCGGCGGCGGGCUCUCGGAGGCCCAACGUGGUGCUGCUGCUCACCGACGACCAGGACGAAGUGCUCGGCGGCAUGACACCACUAAAGAAAACCAAGGCUCUCAUCGGAGAGAUGGGGAUGACUUUCUCCAGCGCUUAUGUGCCAAGUGCUCUUUGCUGCCCAAGCCGUGCCAGUAUCCUGACAGGGAAGUACCCACAUAAUCAUCACGUUGUUAACAACACUUUAGAGGGAAACUGCAGUAGUAAGUCUUGGCAGAAGAUCCAAGAACCAAAUACUUUCCCAGCAAUUCUCAGAUCAAUGUGUGGUUAUCAGACCUUUUUUGCAGGAAAAUACUUAAAUGAGUAUGGAGCCCCAGCUGCUGGUGGGUUAGAGUACGUUCCUCCGGGAUGGAGCUACUGGUAUGCCUUGGAGAAGAAUUCUAAGUACUAUAAUUACACUCUCUCCAUCAACGGCAAGGCACGGAAGCAUGGUGAGAACUACAGUGUGGACUACCUGACAGAUGUUUUGAACAAGCACUGGUUAAUUAGGCAAGCCAAGACUCCAAUGACUAAUUCUUCGAUACAGUUUUUAGAUAAUGCAUUUAGGAAAAGGUGGCAAACUCUACUCUCAGUUGAUGACCUUGUGGAGAAACUGGUCAAGAGAUUGGAGUUCAUCGGGGAGCUCGACAACACUUACAUCUUUUAUACUUCUGACAAUGGCUACCACACAGGACAGUUUUCUUUGCCAAUAGACAAAAGGCAGCUGUAUGAGUUUGAUAUCAAAGUUCCACUGUUGGUUCGAGGGCCUGGGAUCAAACCAAAUCAGACAAGCAAGAUGCUCGUUGCCAACAUUGACUUGGGUCCUACUAUUUUGGACAUCGCUGGCUACAACCUGAAUAAGACCCAGAUGGAUGGGAUGUCUUUAUUGCCUAUUUUGACAGGUGUCAGUAAUGUGACUUGGCGAUCGGACGUCCUGGUGGAAUAUCAAGGAGAAGGUCGUAAUGUCACCGACCCAACAUGUCCUUCCCUGAGUCCUGGAGUAUCUCAAUGUUUCCCAGACUGUGUGUGUGAAGAUGCUUAUAACAACACGUAUGCCUGUGUGCGGACCAUGUCAGCACGGUGGAACUUACAGUACUGCGAGUUUGACGACCAGGAGGUGUUUGUAGAAGUCUAUAACCUGACUGCAGACCCGCACCAAAUCACUAACAUUGCUAAAAGUAUCGACCCGGAGCUUCUAGGAAAGAUGAACUAUCGGCUGAUGAUGCUGCAGUCCUGUUCUGGACCAGCCUGUCGCACUCCAGGGGUUUUUGACCCCGGAUACAGGUUUGACCCUCGUCUCAUGUUCAACAAUUUCAGUGGCGGCAGGACUCGAAGGUUUUCAAAACACCUUCUGUAGCGACGUCUGCACACCUGUCUGAUGAAGUGAGUGUAGUAGGUGUCUGUAGCUAGUCUUCAAGACCACGCCUGGAAGAGUUUCGGGACUGGCUUGUAAGUCCUGUUUUGAAAAGCACCCCAAUCAGCCUACUUCCUGUGCAAUGUGUUAAACUGUGAACGCUGCCCGUCUGUCAGGAGCAGCCAUCCCCAGUCCCUCCAUCCAGCUGACACGACUGCUCCUGAGGUCUGUGUUCUCGUCAUACCCUUUCUGUUCUGGGGUCGCUCCCCAGGUGGUCAAAGUCUGAAUUUGUAAAUCCGUUCAGAAAAAUGUGUUUGGUAUACAGCAUGACCUAAACAUGAAAGGACCUGCAUAGCAUUUCAGAUUGAGCACUUGACUCUCAAAAAGUACUAACAUCCCAUGGCUUGAAGAAUAACUAUCAGAACUAAAUCAUCUAAUUAAGAGCAAGUACCAUUGCUUUCAGAGUAGCAGAAAUAUGUUGUUUAUAGUAUCUACCCAUCACGAUGUGAUAAGUCGCAAAUCCAAAACAUGUCAACCAAGCUCUGUUCAUUUUUUUGGGUCUGGACUGGCACACACUGAGCUAGAACAGAAGCUUUUGGUCAAGGCUCAUUGCAGGUAGUUUUCGAAGGUGAGAGCCAUCUGUUUUCCAGGGGCUGCUCACCAUGUGGAGGCUCAGGUAACACCAGGGGUGGGGAAGGGUGUGUUUGAGGGCCUUCUGGAGAGGGGCACUCGGGUUGACAGGUGGAAGGGCUCGUGUUGGGAUGCAGUAAGUGCCUGACCAGCAGGGAGUCUGGGUUUCAGUCCCGGGCCGCAGUUGUUUUGACUCUCUCUGCAUUUUGCUGACACUCUAUCUGUUCGUUAAGAUAUAAAAUUUUUUAUAGUUGAUGCACAGCUUAGUUUUUCCUGAGUUUGUGUGGAGUCUUGUGUAAUUUGGGCCCCAUUCACUAUUCUCAUUAAAACCAGAUCUUGUUGGGAUUUCCUCACUAUUUAGAACUUACAUAUUUUUGUUUCUUGACUCAAGCCCAUUUCCACCAUUUUCUUCACAAGAAGGUUAAUCAGUGGUGGGACAGCAAGGAAGGAGGAAAAGCUGUGGUUUGUAACCUGUUCAACUCAGGCAGUAGUGGUUUAGCUUUAUUUAGGGUCGUAGGCUGAGCUUUAAGCACUUUGUAAGACGUGGUUGUAAGCAGCUUUUCUAUCAGAAUCCCAGAUAGCCAUUGGGUUUAUUCCUUUACCUCACGCAGUCCAUUAACUGGUGGUAUUUAGAGGUGAAAUAGGCAAAUGAAAUGGACACCGCUGCUGUGAAAUUAUAAAAAUUUGUAACUAAAAGCAAACUACAAUGUGGAAUAUGGGUUUUGGCUUCAUUCUACAGUUUUGAUUCUUAACAUUUCUCAGUCAACUUCCACAUUAAUGAAAGUUGGUCAUAACUAUUCCCGAAUAAAAAGAAACCAACUCUUACCAGGUCUUGUACUGUGAUGUCAUAUUAUUCAAUUAAUUCACUUUAUGAUGCAUAGAGUGACACACAAGUCAGCUGGCGACAUACCCAUCACCACCAGCAGCUUCUGUUUGGGUGAUGGGGACACAGUGAGGCCUCUCUGUUGUUGCAUUUCCAAGCUGACUGACUGUUGAGUGCCCUCUGAUUUGACUCUCCUGGUCAUUCUGGAUCUGGGCUGAAAUCACCUUUCCUUACGAGGCUUCAGUUUGUAGAGGCUAACAGGCUACAAAAUGCACAGAACUUUUCACAAUGUCUCUGUACGAGGGACCCACUGCAGGAGGCUUGCUUUGUCUCUUAAUUGUACUGAUUUAUUAUUUUCCCUUUUAAGAAGGCCAGUUCCCUAUCUGUUGGUGCCCUUCAGAGUAGAGAACUACCCAUUAGUAAUGAACAGAGGACAUAGGAAUGAACAGAUUUUGCCUUAUAAAAGUUCCUAUUACAAAGCUCUUCCUCAAAUACAAUCACCAAGUAGGAGACACCUUUUGAACAUCUUUGAAUCAAUGGUGCUGUUGCAAAAUACAUUUUUUUGGUCAAUACAAUUGACAACACUAGGGUUUUUGUACAAAAUAGUAAUGACAGCCAUGGAAGUUAUACGUUCAUCUAUGAAAAAUGUUCUUAAACUUAUUUUUAAGUGUCUAAAUGAAGGACUAGUGCUUUUUUUAACGAAAGAAUUGUCCCAGGAUCCUUAUUAUGAGAAAGCAAAGAGUAUGUCACCUGAUCCACCAGUGCAAUUGGAUGGGAAUAUUUGGGUUCUUUAGUUUUACCACCACUAUGUCCCCCUGAAUUUUGUGAAUUCCUGUGUUUGCAUCAUCUGUUCUGGGAGUUACUCUGCCCUGGUUCUGUCAUUUCAGUCAUUUGACUUAGAAAGUGCCCUUCAAAGGACCCUGUUCACUGCUGCACUUUUCAAUGAAUUAAACUUUAUUUCUGUUCUAGUGGAAA